GAAACCUAAAACUUCUUAAGACAUUGUUACAUAGUUAUUUUUUCCUGAAACCUAAAACUUCUUAAGACAUUGUUCAGCUGUGGGUCCCCCAAAUUAGAUCUCAGAUAUUUCCUUUUUGUCACUUCGGUAGUGUCGGUAAAGAGUUUCACAGAAUGAGCCUGUGCUGCAAACGGUGGUUAUGAUACGAGCAACGUAAUUAUUGCAGUGGGAUUUCAGUAAAGCCCAAAAACUUGCUUACUUAGCAUUGCCAAGUACCUGUGUCCAGUGUAGGUAUCACAAUAAUUAGAUCUUGGACGUGUACUAGAGAGCUCAGUAGGUCCUAAAUUCGAUUAAGAGCCUGUAUUUUACUCAGUUUCAAUGAAUACAUGUUCUCCCAGAGCAUUGAAUACUUGUUCUCCCAGAGCAUCUGCAUUAAAUAGGUCUAGUGCAGAAAUGGUUGAGAACUCAGGGAUGGCGAACAGAUUACAACACCAAAAGUCAUCCUUGAGGAGAUGGGUGUCAGCGGGGCGGUUAUCAUCCUACAAAAACUGGUUUCUUUUAGUAUGGAUUCUGGCAUUUUUUUCAGUUUUUCUCUGGCAGAAGAAUAUAGUGGAAAGUAUUAGUUUCUUCAAGAAGCCGCCAAGGCCCAUUCCCAGAUUAAGGCCCCAUGUGUUUAAUCUCACUGAUUUUGGGGCUGUGGGGGAUGGUUUGACAAUCAAUACAAAGGCGUUUGAGGAUGCGGUUGCAACCAUUGCAGCGCUGGGGAAUGAAGGAGGAGGACAACUUAAUGUACAGGCUGGACUGUGGCUCACUGCACCCUUCAAUCUUACGAGUCACAUGACUUUGUUCCUUGCAGAAGAGGCUGUUAUCCUUGCAGUUCAGGAUGAAAAAUAUUGGCCAUUGAUGCCCGCAUUACCUUCAUAUGGAUACGGUAGGGAGCAUCAUGGGCCACGUUAUGGCAGUCUCAUUCAUGGUCAACAUCUUCAGGAUGUGGUGAUUACUGGUUACAAUGGGACCAUUGAUGGCCAAGGGCAAAGUUGGUGGACUAAGUUUCGACAAAAGCAGAUGAACCAUACAAGAGGAAGACUUGUGCAGUUCAUGUGGAGUAGUGACAUUGAGAUUACAAAUAUCACACUACGUAAUUCUCCAUUCUGGACACUCCACCCAUAUGACUGUAAAAAUGUUUUCCUUAGUGGCUUGACUAUUUUGGCUCCUCUGGAUGCUCCAAACACAGAUGGCAUUGAUCCAGACUCUUGUCAGAAUUGUAUCAUUGAAAAUAGCUACAUAAGUGUUGGUGAUGAUUGCAUAGCAAUUAAAAGUGGUUGGGAUCAGUAUGGAAUAUCAUAUGGUCGACCAUCUGCAAAUAUUAUUAUCCGGAAUCUCAUACUCCGAUCCAGAGUAAGUGCAGCAGUAUCUAUUGGGAGUGAAAUGUCAGGAGGUGUCUCAAAUGUCACAGUUGAAAAUAUUCUUGUGUGGCAGUCAAGACGUGGUGUGAGGAUUAAAACUAGCCCAGGAAGAGGGGGUUAUGUGCGUGAUAUAUAUUACAGAAAUUUAAAAUUUGACACUCUUCGGGUUGGAAUUGUAAUUAAAACUGACUAUGGUGAACACCCAGAUGACAAAUAUGACCCAAAUGCUCUUCCAACAGUUGAGAACUUAUACUUUCAUGGUGUGCAUGGUACGGAGGUGCGUGUACCUGUCAGAAUUUAUGGUCGUGAGGAAAUACCUGUAAAAAAUGUAGAAUUUAGGGAUAUGAAUGUUGGAGUGAGUUACAAGAAGAAAAAUAUUUUUCAGUGUACUUACAUUCAGGGAAAAGCAAUAGGAAACAUAUUUCCAAGGCCAUGUGAAAAUUUGGCACUAUAUGAUGACAAUGGGAGACUAGUUCGACCUGCAAAAGCAUUUAAUGAGUCAAAUAUAGACUAUGAUUUUUGAAUCUGUUGAGAAUAAUUUAGAGAGUUUCUUUUUAAGCCACGGCCUAUUGUGGGUUGCUUUUCAUGCAAGCCUAAUGGCAAUCAAAGAUUCAGAAGUUCGUUGACGGGGUCCAAUUAUUUUUGAAGAUUCAGAUGUUUGGGACUGAAUCUUCUUGUAAUCAUUGUUGAGCCUAUUAGUUUCCACAAUUGAAUCUUCUUGAAUGUACACAGUUGUCUCCAGAAUCACUGGAGUGCUUAUUUCCAUUUCAUGUAAAUGGAUUGAUGUAAUGGAAUUGUUAUGUUUACCAAUGCCUACUUGAGUGUAGUUACCGUUGGAUGGAAAGUGUGUAUAAAGCUUCUAGUGUAGCUGUCAUCAGAUUACAGAGUUGUAUAAAAAAUCACUUUUGAUUUCUAUGCUAAUUUAGGAAUUCCUGUGUGGUA